AUAGUUAGUUUGUGGUUGGCAUAGCUCUUCGCACGGCACACGUAGCCCUCCAUUCCGCUCUUACCCAAGCAACGCAAGGGAAGGCCACAUCUUUCCAUCGCUGGAAGCCACAAGUCCACACAAGCAGGAGAGAGAAGCAGCUGAGGGAACUCAUCGAAUCUGACGGUAAAGAGGGUUUUUUCUCGCGGAUUGCGGCGUCGAUAUCUAUGUUAUACGCUAUUCCGGCGGCCGAAGGCGGCGGUAGCGAGUUCAGAGGACAAGCAGGAUUUUCUGCGGACUCUUUUCAUCGUCAUCAUCAUCAGCAGCAGCAGCAGCAGCAGAAGGGGAUUCCUACAGGCAUGGUCUUCCAGGAGGUGCUCGGUUCUAUUACGACCUCUGCUGCGGCUGAGGAGACCUCGUCGGAGGAUCCAAACAAGAAGAUCCGUAAGCCGUACACCAUCACUAAGUCGAGGGAGAGCUGGACCGAGCAAGAGCACGACAAGUUCCUCGAGGCUCUCCAGCUGUAUGCCUUCGUUCUUGCUGUCUCUUUUAGGUUUGAUCGUGAUUGGAAGAAGAUAGAAGCAUUUGUUGGGUCAAAGACAGUUAUCCAGAUCAGGAGCCAUGCACAGAAAUACUUUUUAAAAGUUCAGAAAAAUGGAACAAGUGAGCAUGUCCCACCUCCUCGGCCCAAGCGCAAAGCUGCUCAUCCAUAUCCUCAGAAAGCUUCUAAAAAUGGUCACCAAGUGCCACAGCCUACAACUUCAUUUCAAACUUCCCCAUGUCUGCCUGAACCAGUCUAUACUCUUACAUCAGAUAGGUCAUCAGUGAUUAGAAAUUCUACAAGUGGAGCAAUUUCUUCAUGGGUCCCUAUUCAGCCUGUUGAAGCUUUACACACAAUAAAAGAAGAUGCUGGGCCUACAGGAAGUAUGUUGCUUAAUAAUAGUUCUAGCAGCAGCAGCACUGAAAACCCUCAAAGGAUAAGGCAAAUUUGUGAAACCACUGAUCAAGGGCAUCAUGUCCCAUCAGUUCGCGCUAUGCCAGACUUUGCUCGAGUUUACAGCUUUAUUGGAAAUAUCUUUGAUCCUAGCAAAAGAGGUCACUUGCAGAAGUUGAUGGAAAUGGACCCAAUUGAUGUUGAAACAGUUUUAUUGCUGAUGAGAAAUCUCUCCAUCAAUCUGACAAAUCCUGAUUUUGAAGACCAUAGAAGGCUGCUUUCCCUGUAUGAUGCCUGUGCGGAGGAAGGCAAAUCAAGCGGUACUAAGGGCAUGCUUAAAGCUGCCGAACCUAUAAAUGUCCCGUUCCUGGUGAAAGCCGAGCAAUAAUACUCUAUUAUUAAUGAAAUAAAUGUGAGCUGCCUUUAAUGGUGUUUACGCUUCUUGAAGAAGAAACCUCUCCGGCAUGCACUGUAUUUGCCUCUGUACAAAACUGACAGCCCUCUCGAAUGGUAUCUUUUUUGAAUUGUAUAUUUGUUCUUGAGGUUUAUCUAUGUAAAUACCGAGCUGCUUAUAGGGUAGAAGAGUAGAUAAAUAUAUGAUGCUUGUUGUAUUAAAAUGUUCUUUUUUCUUCUUGUUUAAAGUUUCUUGACAGUGUUGGGCUUGAAUUUAUUGUAGAGAGCUUUUAGCUUCUGAAUGUAGAUCUGUAAUCUUUUUUUUUUUUGGUUUUUUGGUUUUUUGAGUGUUAAAACUAUAUAGAUUUGAGCAAAAGAGAUUUGUUAAUAUUUUUAUCAA